AUGUCAGGAGAUGGAAAUCUGGAGAUGAUGGAUAGGCAACACGAGAAUGCUUCUGAUGCAGAUUCUGACUUGGAGGAGUUGGAGGAUGAUAUUGCCAAAUUUGACCAGACUGUAAGAAACUUUAUAAAUGAGCAACGCGAUGGGGUUGUUCCACCUUCGGCAAAUCGGGCAGGGUUACGUGGGAAGGGAGCUCGAGGCCCUCGAAAAGCAGCCAAGCCUAGAGGCGACAUCACAGCGCGACUGUCAAAAGUUAACCAAGCUUUCCUGAGUGGUGACUACUCGUUAGCGCUGGACCUUGUAUUUGAAGUCAUCAGAAUCAAUGCAGAAACGCACCAAGCAUGGACGACCUUGGCCUCCAUCUUUGGCGAGCAGGGUGAUAUGAGCAAGUCGCUGUCUGCAAUGGUCUAUGCUGCCCACCUUCGACCUAAAGAUGUCAAUGGAUGGCUCCGAUGCGCAUCCUUUGCGCUGGAAAAUACAGGAGAUGAUGAGAUCGGGAAUCUCAACACUGCAAGACUUUGCUACUCUGCCGCGCUACGCGCUGACCACACAAACCUGGACGCAAGAUUAGGGAAGGGUCUGGUCUGUCACAGGCAAGGUCAUCUUGCCGCUGCUAUUUCUGACUACAAGGUUGUGUUGAGGCAUCGUCCCUAUGAUCUUGAAAUCGUCAGAAAGCUUGCAGAAGCCUGUGUUGACAACAAGCAAGCAGAAGCAGCCGUUCCUAGCGCAAUCGCAGCCUACAAGCGUUUCUUUGACCAUGAAAAGACAGAAGCGAGCCUUGGUAUGAUAGAAUCACCGUGGACUGAUAUCGGAAUCUACGUGGAGCUAUUUGCUUCGACCGGUCGCUAUCAUGAUGCUAUCCAAGAGGCAAAAGCACUAGCUAGAUGGGCUUUGGGCCGAGAGUCUGAGGGAUACUGGAAUGACUGGCACUCCGAUGACUGUGAGUGGGAUAUGGAUGAUGAAAGACGAGCAGGUGUUCCAGGAUUCAUAGCUGGACUUUGGAGCCCCGAACUUUAUGGCCAGUCAUUUCCUUUGGAUCUUCGUGCCCGUCUGGCGAUUUACAGAUUCCGAAUUGGCGAUGAGGAAGAAGCCAUGAAACAUCUACGGUGGUUUGACCCUGGGUCUGUUCUCACGAGAGACUUUGCGAUUGAGUUUCCCUUCUUAACUUUUGAUCUUGCAGAGGAGUUGGCUCAUCGUGGCCACACCCCAUUGGCGAUCUCGUACUACCACAUACUUCGUGAUUUGCCCGGUGAUGCCGACGCAACAAUUCUGCUGCAGCUAGGGCGAUGUCAUUCUGCAAUUGGUGAGAAUGCAACUGCCGAGGAGUACUUCCUGGCUGCUAUCGAUGCGGACGAGGAUAAUAUCGAUGCUCGUAUCGAAUUGGCCAACAUGUAUGAAAAAGCUCGAGAGGAAGAAGAAGCUCUUAUCUUGGCUGCUGAGGCAAUGGCUCUCCGAGAGAUCCGGGACCGGGAUCACAACGGUGAAAGCGGCCAAGACUCAAGCACAGCAACUGAACAGCCCAGCCGCCGGGCUCCACGAAAAGCUCAAGCUGUUCCUCGAAGGACGGACGCCUUUGGAAAACGGCUCAUUACACGACGCUACCGACCAAAACGACUAGCCGGCGCAGAGAAGCGUCGUCAAGAAGAACAGGCGCGUGCCGUAAAAUUGGCGGAACAGUAUGAGAUUGUUCAAGAUCUCCGACGAAAGAUUAAGGAAGGUUAUCAAGAUUUGAUUCCAGAGUGGAUGGCCUCUUCAAAAGAACUUGUGGAUGACUUCCGAUCAAUCAAGAAAUUCUAUACUUGGGAUAAGUAUUUGCAUUUCUUAGGGCCAAAGAAUCAUGGGCAACAGCAAGAGGCAGGCCAACCGCAAAACGAGCUGUCUCAAAUGUACGAGAGAUUGGCGAGGACCCUCGCACCUCAACCGGACAAUGGGAAUGGAGAAGCAGCUUCUUCAGAUCUUGAGAGCCAUCGGGGUAUUUCGUUCAACAACUGGCUCGAUCUUUUUCUUGACUAUGCCAUUGGCCUCGCUAUUGCACAUCGGCGUGACGAAGCUUAUCAAGUUUGUGAAGCUGCUCGAGAUUCGACUGCAUUCCAAGCCUCGGAGCACGGGUUUAUCAUUCAUAUUGCAUGGAGUGUUUGUGCUAUUUACACGAGCGAUGAGGAGAAGUGUAUCGCAACUGCGCGCCAGCUGAUGAGGGAUGGUGCAACCUCUGAUUCGUACCGCAUGUUUGCUCUCGUAUCAAACCUAUGUCAAUCUCCUGUAUCCUGGUAUACAUCAGGGCCGGCUCAAAAAUACAUUCUCCGCCAGAUCAAAGCCAUGGAUGAAGCCUAUGGCGAAAGCGAGUCUAACGAAGAUUUGGCCAAAAAGAGAGAACCAUCGCUGGAUGCUUGUGUUCUGAUGUUAUACGGGCAUAUUCUGUUUACGUCGACAAGUUACACAUACGCUUUAGGAUACUUUCUCCGAUCUCGGGCUUUGGACCCCGAUAAUCCCAUGGUGAAUCUCAGCCUUGGGCUGGCGUAUGUUCACUAUGGGCUUAAGCGCCAAUCAACUAAUCGUCAGUACUUGCUGCUACAAGGUCAGUCAUUCUUGUCACGAUAUGCCGAACUGGGCUCGGAAGGCUCUCUCGAAGAGACCAGUCAGAACAAGGCAGAGGCGUACUACAACAUAGGCCGCCUGUACCAGCUUCUUGGUAUAAACUACCUAGCUCUAGAGUACUACUCGAGAGCAAAGAAGGUGUUGCAGGGACACAGAGGGCGUGCAGGAGCACCUGGGGGACUCGAGGUUAUGAUAACAAGAAGAAUCAGGCUAUAG